AUUGGGAUGAAAUUCAUUCCGUUCUCGGAACUUUUUAGAAUCCUUAUACUUCUUGUCAUGAUGCUCAUAAUUGUAAUGGUUUUUAGAGAUAAAUUUACGUGGCAAACUGAACAGUUAGAACCAUUGAUAUCAUAUUCAGAUAACCCAUAUGAGAGUAUUGCCAAAGGGGACGUAUCAUGGCUACGGAGAUCCAUCGACCUCUUCGACAGACUGGAGCUGGAGCCCGGCCAGACCAAGUGCCGAAAACUCGUCGAAGUCGGCGGGAAAUCUUGUAACGGUGGAGAAGACGGGAUGAAACUGCUGUGCCUGGACGCUGACGUGGCGCUCGAUAACAAGCGUUGUGUCGUAUACUCUUUUGGUAUCCAGAACGACAUUAGCUUCGACAAGCAAAUCGCAAAGUAUGGGUGUCGCGUGUUCAUGAUGGAUCCAACGUUGCCUGAGGGUUCGUAUGAUUGGGUCGACGGUCGACUCACUUUCUUGCCAAUCGGACUUGGCGACAAAAAUGAGAUCGACAUUGAGAUGGAUGAAUGGCGGUCUUUGGAAUACAUUCUUGACAACAACCUUCUUGUUGGCGUCCAGCAACUGAUGGUGGAGUUCCACUUCUUCAUACCAGAUUCAUCAGCGCAUCGUGUAGUUGAAUUCUACAAGCAGAGAUGGCUGUUUCUCGAGCGCUUAGAAGACCAUGGCUUCCUCCGUGUUCGCUAUGACGUCACGUACAGCGACCAGGCUCACGUCAGGAUGCUAGACACCAAUGACACCGCAUACAUCUGUGGCGAACUCUUCUUAAUAAGGAGAAGUAAAUCGCACCAAUGA